UUCCACACUUCUCCAAGCGAUCAAAUAAAAACUAGAACCCGAGACCAGGAUGAUUUUCCUACAGCUCUGGUGGGCACUGAUGGUGCUCAGUGGCUCUAAGUCCGGAUCCGGCACUGACUUGCAGUCUGCGCAGCCCAAGCAGGACCUGAUCCUUCCCGCCGAGGAGAACAAUAAGCUAAGUAGCUUCAGCCGGGCGGUGGAAAAGGCUCGUGGUGAGCUGCAGGAGCUAAAGUCCUCCUAUUCAGGAGACCUGCAGGAUCAGGAUGCUGGCGAAAAGUUGCAAACCCGGGAAAGACGGAACUCCAUCGAUGAUAUGUUGGCCAACUUUGCCGGCGGCAGCGAGAACACGUCCUCUGAGGCGGAGAACGAGCGAUCCUUGCAAGAGGCGGCGGAUGCCUGGUUUCGCGAAAUCCAAGCCAACAUGGCCAAGGGCAAGGCAGUGGAGCAGAUGCCGGAAGAAAACGAGGGUCUAAAGGAGGAACGAUCGACAAAGUCCAAAUCCAAGGCCAAGGAGAUCAUAGACCAGCAUGCCAAGGCCAUGGCCAGCACAGAAAUCGGCAAGGUGAAGAUGAAGUACAAAGAGAUGCCUCCCGACACGGUGAUACAGAAGUUCGAGGUGACCAAGUAUCCUUUCCGAUCGGACGAGGGCGGUCUUACCCGGCUGGACAUCAAGCUGAAGCAGGUUCACCAAAUCCUGAAUGACCAGGAGAACAAUGAUGCCCAAAAGAAGAAGGUGGACCAGGAGCUGCGUGAAAAGGGUCAAAUAUCGAUUAUAAAGUUGCCCGAAUACGGGGAUGCCCCCGUGCCGGAGGGCGUCUACGAGAGAACCUUGAGUCGCUUGGCCUUUCCGCAUAUGCCACCCGACAAGCUGGAGCACGAGGCCAACUAUAAGCUAUCCAAAAUAGAGCAGGAGGCCUCCGAGAAGGCCAUGAAGGCGGCCAAGCCUUUCGCCAAUGCGCUGGACGAAAAAGAGAGCUCCCAGAAUCUCAAACCGAAGAAGCGCAGCUCCAUAUCCGGCUUCAAUCCUAUGAAUGAGAUCAAGCUGAAGACCAGCAGUCGCUUGAUGCUCAAGGGCCUGGGUCCCUCGCUGCCCAGUAACAGCCUGAUGGACAUCCAUCGAAACCACAUAGUAGACAAUAUGAUUCGCCGCAGGGAGCUGGAUGAGACGCAGCGUCAGCCGUACUUUGGUGUGGAACAGGAGGGUGACGAGGAGGUUCGUCGCAUCAGUCCUGGCAGUCCUCAGUUCGAGGGCUUCGAGUACAUGCAGAGCAAUGCUGGUCCCAAUCCCCUGAUGGAUGCGCCUCAUAGUUAUGAUUUCCGGCUGCCGCAAUACGAUCGCUUCCAUUCCCUCAACCAGCGACAGAUGCCCAAUGUUCUGGAGUACGAAAGGAGCAAUCGAAUGCCACUGGACUUGGAACGGGUUAAGAGGGAACCAUCCUUGCUGACAUCGAAUCUAGAGGCCGAAGAAGAUCAGAAGGCCUUGGACCAUGACGAAGAUGCCAAAGUGGGCUUAGUGGAAGUCAAGGGAGGCGAAAGUGCUCUCGAUUCCAGCCCCAAACUCAAGGAAUCCCAGAAGGAUAUUAAGCUUGAGGAGACUCCAGAGGAGGUCAAGCUGAGUGAAGAGCACUUGACAAACGCAGAAACCAAACUAGAACCUGAAGCAUUGACCAUGGCCCUGAAAGGCGAUGAAAACAUCCAUGUUAAUCGUGAAAUGCCCCUGGAGGACAAACUCAAGGACGAUGCCCUGGAAAUGGCCGAUAUAAAGCCGGAAGCAGAGUCUCCAACAAAACGCGAAAUUUCCGAUACAGCUAGUCUGAGUUCCGAAAACGAAGAGAGCCCCGAUAGCGACCAGGAACUGGCCUCCAAAGUGGGAAAGUCCUCCAAAGUUGGAGCUGUGUGCGAUAAGGCGGAUAAUGUUCUCAAAGUCAACCUCAAGUUGAAAAUGCAGGAGCCUGCGAUCAAGGUUCCGCGGGACAGCCCGGAAGCCCACAAACGAGACGUUCAGGAGAGUGUGCCUGCCGUUCCGAAGGUAAACCCUGAUGCGGUAGUCAAGCUCCUGGCCAAUGAGAUCUCCUUGGACAUGAAUCGAGGCAAGAGGCAAUCGGAGAGUCAGCGAUAUCGCAGGUUUUCCCGUCGACAGCGGCGUUCAAGGAGAUCCUUGGACGCAAAGGAGGGCCCGCCUGCUAAUCCCGGCCAGCAAUCAGAGCCAAAACCAGAGCAACACGUGGUGGCCAAACGCACUGCCCAACUGCUGGAUGACUUCGAGGACCACAAUGGAAACCGGGUGCACUUCGGGGAGCUUGGCAAUGGCAUGCUGACUCCAGACGUCGGGGAUAGUGUCGGAGCCAAGCCCAUGCAUCAGCCGGAGGAGCAUUACGACGAGAGAGAAAGGGCCGCCCAUGAGGAAGAUGUGGCGCACAUCUAUGAUCAUUCAAGAAACAUGGUGCCCAUGAUGCAUCGGCGGCCAAAUGUUCAGGUUGUUCAGGUGCCGAUGCUCCAGCAGCAGCUCCCGCAACUGCAGCUCCAGAAAGUACAUUUGCCGAAAUUGCAGCUUGUGCAACCAUUAGCGUUGCCACAGCCUGUGCAGCAUCAGCAGCAAGUGCCGCAGCAGCAACAGCAGCAAGUUUCACAGCAGCAACAGCAAACUCAACAGCAGCCAUUGCAACAACAAGAGACCGUUCCACAGCAGCAGCAACCACAGCAGCAACAAGAGCCGAAAGAGCAACAGCCCCAGCAGCAACAACAACCUCAAACACAGGCAGAACCAAGCUUGCAACGUCAUCCAAACGAAGCGACCUCCAAUUUCAAGGCCAGUUUUAAUUUAACACACUUUUUUAAUGAACUGCAGAAACUGCAAAAAGUCCAGCCACCACCGAUGCCCGUGGCACAAACUCCAACGCCAGCCGUUCCAUCGCCAGUGUUUUCUAGCAAGACCCUAUUUUCGCCGUCCUCCAAGACCUUUGGAGUCCAUCGGUACUUUGGACCCUUCAAGCUCAAGAACUCUCCCAUUGUCGGUGAUCCUUGUGCGACCAUCAGUCCCAACUGUGUCCCGGUCACCACACCUUCCCCUUCCUCCUCCCCUUCCCAGGGAAGCCAAGAAGGUUGCCACGAAGGUGCCUGCUGCACUGGUCCCGAUAUCAUGAAACUGAACGUCUCCAUCAACGCCAAUGUCUGCGGCAAUCCCAAGACCAAGCAGUUCUUCGGCAAUGGCUCCAUCAACUUGCAGCCCGGCUACAGGGACGAGGCUAACCUAAGGUCUGACUCUGGUCAGGAUUUGCACAUCCAAGUCAAGGAUGAGCGACACAUCCGUGAGACGGGGGAGGAGUCGAAAGAGGAGGAUUACGGGGACUUGAACGAAAAGGAGAGUGACUCAGAUGGUCACCGCAAAAAGCCCCUAAUAAAGUGGCCCAGGAGGAACAAGGAAAAGGUGAAGGCUAAUCCAAAGGAAACGUGCAAGGAGGCUUCAGCGGAACCACCUGCCAAAGAUGAAACAAAAUGCCAUCGGGGCCAUCAUAAUGACUCUGAGGAUAAGCCCAUGUCCGAGAGCUUCCAAAAACUCCUCACGGGCAAGACAUCCGAGGAUAUUGUGGCUGCCGUUUUCGACGCUGUGGAAAACGAUCCUGGAAUGGAUCGCCUCCUGGGGGUCCUUGAAAGAAAUCGCAAGUGUCUGAACAAGCGACCCAAGAAUUUCUAUCAAAUUCGUAACAACAAGAACGAACAGUAUCUUAAGCAAACGGAGACUAUGGUCCGGGACACCAUGGUGGCUAUUAGUGAUAUAAUCGACCAGCAAGUGCGCCAGAGGUCAUGCAUCCCCUUGAGACCCGAUCUAUUGGAGUUCUACAAACUGAUUCUGAAAACCUCGGAGGAGCAACAGAAAUGCCGCGAAAAGCGGCAAAGUUCCAUGCGGAGUCUGGCUGAAGAUUUUAGCCAAGAUGUGCGUUUGCUGGAUCCCAGCAAGAUCAGUCAGAAGUCCAAGAUUGUCAAGAAGUUGUUGCGGCAAUACGAGGAGUUGCCCGCCGAGGACCAACAGGCGGCGUCCGGAGUGCGGGACGAACUUCUCAUGGACUUGGUCUAUCUGCGAAAAAUGGCUGACACGGCGGAGCGCGUCCAAAGGAAUGCCCGCUUGCAGGAAAUCCUCAAGCAGACGAGUCUGGACGGGGGCCUGGAGAAGAACGUGAACCCAGAGUACUCGCCUAGGUUUAUAAAAUUGCUGAAAACUGCCGAACUUUUCAAGGAAGCCGGUGAGCAGCAGGCCAAGGAAAUUGUUGGUCGUUAG